CACACCGCUUGCAGAUCCUGCCCGCAAGAUUAACUGAGCCUCGGCUUCAAAAAAAAAUUCGCAUACUUCUCUCUCCGGUUUAUCCGGGAAAGGGGAAAAGUGAGCACCCGGAGAAAGAUACGAAAUUUCAGGAAAUCUCUUGUCACAGAAACAGAAAACCGGAAAAGUUUGUAAAAGAAACCCUCAAAGUUGAUUUGGAUUCGACCAAGGAUACCCAUAAAUCCUCGCAGCAUGUCGUUUCACACGUACGUCAUAAGUGCAAUGAUGCUCAUUGUUAUGGUCCUCAUGCAAGAUUCCGGCUGCAAUGGAUACCAGAUGAUGGCCGCCUAUCCCCUCAAUACCCACUCUUUGGACCGGCAGAUCUUCCGACGAGGACAUCCGAAGGAUGACGAAGACAGUGCAUCCUUCCCAAAGAUAGAUUCGGAUAUUUUCGGAUCCAGCCUCGGACAGACUUCCGAUCACAUUCGGCUUCAGGACGAAAAUGACUUCUCUUCUUCGUCUGACGAGAGUCCUCUGUCAAUUCUGCCCUCCAGGCCAAUAAAACGCCGAAAAGGUCCCACUCUUUCCGUGGUAAAUCCUUUGGAGAUUCUACGACAACGUCUCAUGCUGGACUUAGCCAGGAGGAGGAUCCAUGAGAAUCAACAGCAGAUCGUAGCCAACGCCCAACUACUGGAGAACAUUGGUAAGAGGAGCAGCGGUCCCGAAGACGAAGAUCAACCCUGAGGAUGAGGGGGAGAACCACCCCCCGGGAGCCGUGGAAGAGCUCAUUCAAGCUUUGGGCAGG